CUUGUUGGUGCGGGCAGAGUGAGCGGUAGCGGUUUUCUCCUGCUGGGUUAACCGCUUCGGCUUUAAACUUAAAGCCAUUUCCAUUUGUGUUUGAUUGUUUGUUUAAUAGCGUUGGUUGUUGGAUGCGCUGCCUUGCCCCCGAGUGAGCGGUUAACCGAAGCCGGUGCCUGAGGAGAUGGAGAGCGGGGAGGAGCAGGCCCAGCCCCAGCCCCAGCCCCUGACCCUGCCCCAACCCCAGCCCCAACCCCAGACCCAGACCCAGACCCAACCCCAACCCCAACCCCAGCCCCUGCCCCUGCCCCAACCCCAGCCCCAACCCCAGACCCAGACCCAGACCCAACCCCAACCCCAACCCCAGCCCCUGCCCCUGCCCCAACCCCAGCCCCUGACUUUGACCCAACCCCUGACCCUGACCCAGCCCCAACCCCAGCCCCUGACUUUGACCCAACCCCUGACCCUGACCCAGCCCCAACCCCAGCCCCUGACUUUGACCCAACCCCUGACCCAGCCCCAGCCCCAGCCCCUGCCCCUGCCCCUGACCCUGAACCUGACUGACUUCUCUGAUGAGAUCCUGCUGACCAUCCUGAGGUUUGUGCCCAGCUGCGACCUCCUGCUCAAUGUCCGGAAAGUGAACAGAAAGUUGGCGACUCUGUGUAUGGACAAGAGCCUGAUUAGCUCUGUCACUCUGCAUAAGGAGUAUCAGGAGAGUGACACAAAAGUGACAUCUCUGCUGAAAGAAAUAGCUGGUGACAUUCAACAACUGAAGCUGAGUGGCUGCUAUUGGUUGUCUGGCUCGACUAUUGAUCAGGUGGUAAAAUGUAAAAACAUCUUGAAGCUUGACCUGACAGGAUGCCGCAUGACAUCCCUGCGUCUUUCCAGAAUGCUGUCUGUACUCCGUAACCUGCGCUCCCUUGCUUUAGAUGUCAGCCAAGGAUUUGACGUGGGCCAACUGAGCAGUGAAUGUAAGGCAACACUUGGCAAAAUAACUGAACUAAAGCAGACUUUAUUCACCCCUUCUUAUGGCAUUGUUCCGUGCUGUACCAAUCUGGAGCGGCUGUUGCUUUAUUUUGAAAUCCCAGAUCGGACUCGAGAGGGGGAAAUGCUCUCGGGCCAACUGAUGGUUGGGCAAAGCAACAUUCCCCACUAUCAAAAUCUCAAGGUAUUCUAUGCAAGGUUGUCACCAGGCUAUGUUAACCAGGAAGUUGGGAGGUUUUACCUGUCAGUCCUGAGCAUUCGGACUCCUGAGAACCUGCGUGCCUUUAUUCUCUCUGUCCCUGGGGUUUUUGUUGACACUGGGUGCUCCACACGGAACUUUCUUGAUUGUAUGACUAAAAACUUUAGCUUGGAGGCGCUGCAGCUCCCUCGAUCCUGGUUGAACGGAUCUUCGCUUCUACAUUCCUCACUUCUGCACACCAUUACGUUGAGCAACCCUGUCUAUUUGAACUUCAGCCACUGUAUCCUGUCUGGCUGUCAGCUGAGCCAUCAGAUCAUUAAUGGAGGCAGAAACGUCCAGUCACUAGUUAGUUUGAACCUCAGCGGUUGUGUCCAUUGCCUGCUCUCAGACUGUUCUGUCUUUCGCAAGGCCAAAGAUGACAUUGACUUCGAUGUGGUGGAAGCACUGGUAAACUGUUGCCCCAACCUGAGGCACCUGAAUCUAUCUGCAGCUCACCACCACAGCCCUGAGGGCACCGGACGGCACUUGUGCUUGCUUCUAGCAAGGUUGAAGCAGUUGCGUUCGUUAUCGCUCCCAGUGUGCUGCGUGACGCAAAGUACCAAAAGUGCCGACAAGCCGCCUAAUCACGCCGUGCCUGCCUUGCAGGCACAGUCCGUGCGCCGGGGUCUCGGAAAGAAGGUUCGAAUUGGAGUGCCGACCUAUCCAAGGAAUAUUCAGGAGCAGCUGUCGUUGAGUUUGCCAGCAACUGUGUUUGGGACUCUGCUGGAGAAUGUUCCCUUUUUGGAAGAGCUGGAGCUGAUUGGGUCCAGUUUCUCCUCGAACGUACCUCGGAAUGAGCCUGCCAUCAGAAACGUACAGCCACCCUGUGACCGAGCGCAGCGGAUCCAAGACGAAGAGCUGGUGCUCAUUGGGCAUCUGCAGCACCUGCGCAGUCUGACCUUGGCCCAGCUUCCUGGCAUUCUGACUGGCUCAGGGCUGAUUGGUAUAGGACUGAGGUGUCAGCGGCUACAGACAUUAUCUCUGGCAAACCUUGGUCUGCUGGGGAAAGUGGCUUACAUGCCAGCCUUGUGCGAAAUGCUGAAGCACUGCAAACAGUUGAAGGACUUGAGGCUAGAACAGCCGUACUUGUCAGCAAGUGCACAAUUCUUUCAAGCACUAGGGCAUUGCUCAUCACUGGAGCGAUUCUGCAUAGUUUCUCGGCACGGAACUUUUCAGCAUGAUGCAGUGAUAUCAUUCAUGACCAAGUGCUCGAAUGUCGUCAUGUGUCACAUGUUUACAGGAGAAACUCUAGUGGCCUGCAAGAACCUUCAGCAAGCACUGAUUACAGGUUUCCAGACUGACCGCCCUGCACUGAAUGUGGCUAUAUUCCCACUUCUUCAUGAAGGACUCGCUGACAUCAUCCGGGAUGUUCCAAUGAUGCACUUGGAUGAAAUAACUCUGUUUAAAAGUCGUGUUGCAGAAGACCCUCUGCAUCUCUGGUGGUGAUAUUCUUACCAAGAAGAGAGAGAGAGAGAGCUAAUAGUGUGAUGAUCCCCAUGCGUGACUAUUUCCUUCAAAUUCCCCUGCUUGUUGGUGACAUUGUUGUUUAAAAUAAAAUACACUUGUUUACUGUCUCGUGGAAACCAGAAAAAAGGUUGAAACUUGAAAAUUAGAGGUUUUUUGUUGCCUUGUUUUCCAACAAAAUUCCUUUGAAUCUGGGUUAACACCAAUAAUGGUGGAUUUUACAUGUGGCAACUUUUAUGUUGUGCCUGCUGUAGUCUUCACAAUAAUUGGAAAUAAGAACAUGAGAAGCAAAGGACAAGUAACAACCUAUCAACUCUCAUCCCACUAAUACCAUAACUCUCCCAGAAUAGCAUUCAUUGUGUUGCAAGCAUUCCUAAUGUUUGCCUCUACUUGCUGCUUGCUUCCAUUUUAAUGAGAUUAAAUCCUCUGGUUUGAUUUUUUUUCUUGCUUCCGUUUUACAAACUGAGAGUAACCAAGUUUAGACUAGGUUUUCUUUUUGUUUGUUACCCUGUUGCAAGAUUAACUGUUGCUUUUCUUCACGAUUCUUGAUCAUCCUUAGCCUUCCUUGAAUUCUUUCAAGUUACAGUUGUGAGCAGUCUCAUUCUUCUCUGGACUGUCGUUGGUGUUUGUAUAUGUUCUUUGUGAUGUAGUG